AUGGAAACAGAACUGGGUGAGAGGCGAACGGACUGAGUGCUCGCCUGGUUUCCCCCAGGCUCUCCGCAAACUCUCUUCCCUCUAGUCUUUGCAUGUAGAUCCGAGCAGGCCCAUUAAAUGUAUCUGAGAUGGGCCUUUUUACUGUGCGAGUUAGGGUCCGUCGCCGUCGGCCUCCACUGUCUGCAGCCCUUCGUUCCGGAGAACGGUCACGUCAUCUUCAACGAGUUGGGUCCCUACGCACCUUCCACCAUCGCCAAAUACAGGUCGAGCUUUUUCUAUCGAGAUUCGUUUUUUUUUCUUACACAGUAGAGAAGCUUUACGUUUUUGAUUCAGCCUUAAUAAACUAUAACUUUUUUCUGAUAUUUUCUCGUUUCGAGUUUGAACUUUUCUCUCUCUCUCAGCUCUCAUUUUUUCCAUUUUGAACUAAAAUUUAUUCUUGUUCUACAAUUUCAUCAUUUUGUUUUUUCUUCUGAGCUUGUUAUUUCAACUAUCGUUAGUUUCGGCUAUUAGUCAUUUUGAAGUCUUUUUCUCGAAAAUUUCUGUUUUUGGACAAAAAAAAAAUCAAUUUUAAAUUUUCUUCAAAUCGAAUGUAUAUAGCCAUGACUUCUUGUUGCGACAUCGUCAAAGUCUCGCUGCCAUAUCGCUUUUUCUCAUAAAUUAGACAUAAAAAAAUUUUUUUCGCUUUUUACUUGUAUGAUGAGAUUAAUAAAAAAAGAAAAACUAUUUUUUUAAUAAAAAGAAAAACUAUUUUUGAAUAAAACUUUUCGGAGAGCGAUAUAGGGUUAGACUUUCGCGAGAUGGCAGCGAAAUGGGCUAAAAAAUUAGUUAGCUCUAACUUUUUCUCUCAUGUCAGAAAUCAGAAACCAAUAUUCGCUCAAUAUUUUUCGAAGAAAUAGAACUGAGAUAUAAUUUUUCAAAAAUGUAUGUAUUAAUUUCAAGGUAAAGCCUCAUUUGAUUUGGUAUAAAAACGCGUCUUCAAGCAUAUAUGAUGCGUUGAAAAAUUAAGCAAACAUCUCUUGGAGAAAGCUUGCACGCCUAUUUGUUCUACCAAACAUGAAAGACAAUACUAGGACAAAGAAUUGUUUGUUUCUGCAAACCGUAAGAGCAAGCUUCACAUUUUCCUUACUGAAAUACCUUUUGUCGAGAUUCAUAUGCAAUGAAGUAUUUUACAAAAACCGUGUCAUUAGUAUUUUAAGUUUCGCUCAGUUGCAAAGAGAACUUUUUCUACGACAAAGAAUGAAAAAAGUCCGAGGCGCGUCUGAUUUGAGUGAAAAAAAAAUUACUCGGACCUCGGUAACGAGAACCGGACGGGCUCGAGUACUCAGACAUUAGUAACGCGAAUCAAGAGCAUCGGGGCAUUUCUAGUUACCACUUUAGUAGCUUCAGCACUCUUAAGUGAUCCCUAGAAUCGCUCAGUCCAUGACGUCCACUUCGCGUUACCAAUGUCCGAGCAAAGCCUGAGGGAUGACUCCUUUUGAAAAAGUAAGCAGAAAAAUCAAUUUUCUCGUAGAAUUCUUGGUAUACGACGUGAAGAAAACAAAAACCGGCCAAUUUUGCUUGAGGCCUCCCGAAGGCCCGAUCGUACCGGGCUUAGAAAAUGGCCGUGCCGGCCUUGCACGAGCUUGGGCUCAGAGUGAUUUGGGCGAAAUUCGAAUCGAUCUCCGAUUUUCCAAAAAAUGUAUUAUUUUUUUCACUUACGGUAUUUCUUAUUACUUUGAAAAUCAAUUUUAAUAGAAUAUUGAUUCACAAACUCGAAAUUUCGAAAUUUUACAACGUCAUCUCUGAAACCGCAGUAUAAGAAAGCUAGAAAUGCGUUUAUAAAAGAGAUUUUCACAUGUGUGUCUUCUCAGUCUCCGACCUCUCAAGUUGCUGUUUUUGCUUUUUUAAAACGGAAGCUUUUGAAAUAACGUCGUAUCAUUAAUGUAAUUAGGCUUUUUGCAUUUUGCAAGUAUCUGUUUAGUCUUUUCAAUGGAGCGUUUUAAGUUGUGCGUUGGGGUUUGAACGCGUCGGAAGAGAAGAAAGAACAUGCCGUUCCGACGGCUCCUGGUCUGGCUCGGCGCCGUUUUGCGCCAUCGACGUCGCUGCCAACAAGCCCAUGCAUCAGGUUUUUCUCAUACUUUGAAAUCAUUUUUUGCUAUUUAUAUUGAAAAAAGGAUAAUUAAGCUCCCUUAUAUAUCCACAGUAUAACGAGAAAAAAAAAUCGUGUGGCUUCUUUUUUUUAAACAAAAAGCUAAUGCCGCGUUCAAAGUAAUUUUCGCGAAUUGCAAAAUUAUCUCUGACUCUCUAGAAUUGAGUCAUCUUUUUCGUUCUCUGACCCUUACGCGGAAUCACUUUGAAAACGGAAAACGCAGAUUUCUCUUUGAUGAAAAUAUUUAGUCCUCGGGGAACGUGGCGACGUCUUUGUCGCGCAGUCUGUGCACAAUGACGGAGAACGAGCCGAAGUCCUUCUGGUAAUUGUUCUGCGUAGAUAGCAAGAAAUUGAAAGAGUUCAGGGAGGUCGACCUUCUCGACCAGUACUCCGUUAGGUCCAUCUCGUUGAGACUCGGCGCUCAGUCGUCUCCUGUCACUGCCGUCGACCUCAUCCUUUCGUCCGGACAAGUCAAGGUUUUCUUUCCUCCAUCGUAUUGUUUUUUAUUCUUUCAUAUAUUCUUUUCAAAUUCAUUUUUCUCAUAAAUUUAUAAAGCGUUACGUAAUGCGGAACUACAGUGGAAUUAAAUCAGUUUAGACCCAGCUAUUUUCGACAUUAUUACAUGAAAAAUUACAGAAAAACGAUUUUUUACUAACUAAAAACUGAUCUCUAGACGUGCUAGCGCUUGCAAAAAUUUAAAUUUUAAAACUAAAUUUCCAUCUUCGAUUUUUCUAAUUUUGCUUUUCCUCAGUUUAUCUAUUUUUCCGUUAAAAAAACGUUAUUACCGAAAAUAUCGCCCAAAACCCGUAAACGGUGUAUGCAGAAUUCAAGCCUACAGUGUGCCAAACCAGGCGGACUGAACAUAUGUGAAUUUACAAAAGAAAUCAGGAAAGUAGUAUGUUAGCAAUUAUCGCGUUUAGAAAUAUCAUAUUUUUUGAACUGCAAAGAAACUUUUUCAAGUUAGGAUCUGAAGCCAUUUUCACCAACUUUUAAAAGCUUUUGAUUUUUUUUUUCGAAAUUUAUCAUUUCUCGGUGUUCAUCUCUUUCAAACUUGUGUGCUGAUUGAAUUUUUUUGACUCUUGCCUCUGGUAAGAGAUAGACUUCGUUUAUUUAUAGAAAAAGAGUGAAUUUUUUCUUUAUUUGGAAAGCUUAAAAAAGAGAAGGAAAUUUUCAAGGUCCUUCUGAAUUAUGUAAAUGGGGUUUCAUUUUUAUUUUCAACUUUUUUCCGCGAAUAAAAAAGUUUUCAGCUGUUCAAUAAUGUUUUUUGUCUUUUUCUGAACCUUCAAUUAGUCUUACACAUGUCACUUUUUUUUCAAGAUGUUCCUGUAUUGCUUUGAAAUCUAACUGGCCAGAUUCAAGUUUUCCGUUCUCGGCGGUAAGACAAGUUUCUCGUUUGCUUUUUCUUAACCUAAAUAUUAUUUUUGAACGCCUAUCAGUGACAGCUUAGCCAACUUCAACAUUACGAUGCUGAAAAAAAGUUCUACGAAGAAGACUUUCAAGUGGUCAUAUCAAUGCAGGAGACUUGUUGCAGCACUGCUCUCUGAACUCGACGUCAUUCACCCCGAACGCGACGACGACCGUGUCGUGCACUUCGAACAAGGUGUCGCGGGUGCGAGUGUCAGCAACGCAUCGGCUCCAUCUCUGCGAGGCCAACGUGUUCGCCACCGACGCAGGCGAGUCUUUCCGAGGGUGGCAACUCGCGAAGUUGUUCCAGCCGCUAUUUGCAGCGCCGUUUUUUUGUUAGCUUUGUCUUUAAAUGGGCUCCCGCUGCGGAAUCUCGAGUGCUACGUGUAGAACAGCACUCGAGAGCGGCAGUCUUGGCUCCUCCAGCUCAUGAUCAAAGCCGUUCCGAAGCAGUUCAUCGACAGAAAAGCAAAUAAACGCAGGACUCGCAACAGUUAAUGCUAAAAUGGAACUUACAAAUAAUAGGGGUCCACAUAGUUUUUUGCUUCCAGCUUUUUGGAAUGCUUAACUAGAUUCAAGGGUUAAGACCCAUUUAAAGUAAAUUUCUUUCCUGGGUAAAAUAUGAGGCCAGAAAUCCAGGAGAAAUGAACUGGCAAGAAUGCGUGUUUGCGCCUGUCAACUGGUCAAACGUGUCGCGCAUCGGAGCAGUCUUACCGAGAUACGUACACACGAAACUCAAAGAACCCGUUAUAUUGUUCGAAGAAUCAUCUUCUCGCAAAAUCUCCGCCAGUUUACAUUACCACGGUGGUGUCCAUUUCGUCUGUUGUUCAAGAAACACUACUUUUGCGCCGAAAAAAAUCUUUCCUUUUUAUGACGAAUAGGAGAUUUUAAGCGAGAAAUAAAUGAGAAAAAGCAUGGGAUAAUGAAUUUUGAAAAAAAAAUUUGAUGUCGGUGCCAUUCCUAAUGAAUACAAAAAAAACAGUUUUAUGUCAUCGCCUUUUGGACGUAAUUUUUAAAAAGGCUUCAGUUUAUUUUUGUAUUGAAUUUUUCAGAGAAGAGGGAAAAGGAUAAAAUUUAAUGAAAGGGGAUUUUUCUGCCGCCAAUUUUUACAUUGACUAGGGAACGUUUUUUUUUUUUGAUUUUGUUUUCGAUUUAUUAAGAUUCAAAGUCCGCAAAAUACCCAAAUUAUGUCAAAAAAGCGCUAUUUCAAGCUUUUAAAGCGUCCUAAAAACCAGAUUUAUUGCGAGAAUUUUUUUCUUGUUUUAAAAUCAGGAGGUCCUAGAGUACACUUCAGUGAAGUUUCAUCAACAGUUCAACCGGGGGCCAAAAACGUUCCCUAGUGAGGAUAAGGUUUUUCUUCUUGGAAUUUUUAGAAUGAAAAGAAAUAAUGGUUUAUGUUGAAUAUCGGAAUUUAUAAUAAACAGUAUUGAACAAAAACCUGUGAAAAGCUCACAAAGGGAACAUUUCUAUAGUUUCUCUAGUUUCUGUCAGCGGCUGAAUGCCUGUAUUUUCUUCAAGGCAUCUAUUUUUACUGGUGUCCUUACUCUAAAGGCAAGGAGCGCUUCGAAAAGAACAAUUCACUCAAGAAGACAAAAUGAGCAUUUUCAAACAAAAUCGAUUCUUCAGUCUCUCCGUGGCAAUGCGCUCAGAGCUCGAUGGAUGUGGUCGGAGUGUUCGGCGGAAUGUGCUACGCCGCCUCUCGUGACGAGCAGACCGACUGGUUGGGCGCCCAAAGAAAAUGCCUCGACCGGUAGGUGACCAAGGUUGGCGGAGUCGACGGGCAGUUACAGUGGAGCAACUUUGCCACUUCGAAUCGACGAUCAGACCCGUCGCGGACUUCGUUCAGCUCUUUCCGCGGCGCUCUCCCCGCAGCCUUUCUACUGGAUAGGUGUCGCUUUUUUUUUAUUUGUUUCUACUGGAUCUAUAGGAAAACGUUUCUGAUCCUAGUUCAAAAAAACUUUUUAUUUCCGAACGGCUGCUCCAGGGAUGUACGCUAUCCAGGUCCAACGCGGGGUGCACCUAAAAGCGGGUUACACCUUCAUUUUUGCCGAAGUAGAUGCGAAAGAUUGCUCGUAACGACUCCAAAUAUUUUACUUUGCCAAGACAACUGUUAUUCAGUUUCAUUCAUAAGGGUUUUCAUACGAUAUAACGAACAGAGAACUGACAGGAGCAUCUUCUUCGCUGACCGAAUGGAGAUGGGUGGACGGCGACGCAGUGGGAAAGCAGUCGGACUGGCCGUCGGCCAACGCUCCCGAGCCUGCGAUGGCAGAAGCCGUGCUUCUCGUGAGUCCGACUCCACCUCCUCCACUUCCAGCUUUGCAGGCACGACCGCUCGACUGGCGCUGGGUUCCCGCCUCGCAGACCGCCUGGAACUCGUUCCUCUGCCAAUCCAGUGCAUUACUAUGACUCCACAUCCGAUAAAUGUCCAUUUCCAGAGCCUAAAUUCUGCACAUCGCCUGGGGUGGGAGAAGCAACUCGUGUGGUUUUUUCUAGCCAUUCGUACGCCAUCGGAACAGCUUGUUAUUACUCGUGUGAAGAUGGGUUUGACAGAUCUCCGUAGCGCUUUCACCUCCCUGAUUCUAGGUAUGAAUUGGAAGGAGCAAAGCAGCGCGAGUGUGGAGAGAAUGGCCGUUGGAGCGGCUCCAUUCCUAACUGCUAUCGUAUGUUCAUUUUUCAUUUAGAGCUUUUUUUUAAAGACAUGGGGGCAGUAAAAAAAAUGAUAUUGGAGAGAAAAAUGCUAUUUCCUAGACCACUUUCUGUCGAACAGUUAACGUACAAAACUUCCUAGUUUUGGAAAAAAAUAGUUUAGUCGUAGAGAAACAAGUUUCAGUUGCCGCCAAAAGGGCGUUUUGCAGUAAAGUUGCUCUAUGGACAAAUCUCUAUUCCAUUUUCCGGAUUUUCCCUUUUUUCUUCGUUUUUCUUCAAACCCCUUAUUUGAAGCAGAUAUCCAAAUAUUUUUCGAGUGUAUUGACAAAUCCUUAACACGGCUACUGUAACAGUUUUCCGUACACCGAUCCAUAUUUCAAAAUUAAAAGGCGGAAAAAUAAAAUCGCAAACCGACAAACAACUCUUCAAUUAUUCCAUGAUUCAGCGGAGUACCUUCUUUGAAGACUGAAUAAAAGUUUCAAAGUUUCAAAAUAAAAUCACGUUUUUCUUCAAAAGUGCUCAUAUCUGUGCUUUUUUGAGUAGACCGUUGGAUUCGUAAUGAAAAGCUUCACAAGACACUGCUUUCACCAAAAAUCCCAUUUUUUACUGCCCCUACGCCUUCAAUCACAGGAAAAUCUUGCGGAGAUUUGCCCCAAUGGAAAUACGGAAAAGUGCGACUUUUGAACAAAACCACGCUCUACCAGUCAGAGGUCAGAUUCAUGUCGAGAAGAAACGAUCACCUGAUCUUCAGGUUGAGUACGAAUGCUUAUCAGGCUGGAAGUUGGUUGGAGAACAGCGACGCUCCUGCCAAAGCGACGGGAAAUGGAGCGGCGAGGAGCCAGUCUGUCAGCGUAGGUCUCGACUGCAAAACUGGGAAGACGCCCUUUUCCAGAAGUCGACUGCGGCAGACCUUCUCAGAUAGCCAAUGGACGAGUUGACUUCACGUCGACGACCUUCGAAUCGCAGGCCAACUACACUUGUCAGGUGGCUAUUUUCUUCAUUCGCUGCAAACUUUUCAAGACCUAUUAUGGUCAACAGAAAAUUGUCACAAAUUGAUGUUUUUUUAUAAGUUUGAAAAAAACGGUUCAAAUACUUAUAAAACAGACGCGUAGUUUUUCAAUGAAUAGUAUUGGAUAUACAGUGCCGUCAGAUAAAAAAAUACGAAAAAACGGGGUCACAAAUUUCUCUUAAGGAUUUCAAUCUUUCUGAAAUUUUCUGGAGACGACUGUUAUAUUUAACACUCUGAUGAAGUUUCAGUUCACAGAAAAGAAAAAGCAGCUUCAGAAACUUUCAAGAAGUUUGAGUUCUUUACAAGAAAGUUGUGACCGAAACUACGUUUUUCGUAUCUUUGCAGACGGUACUGUAAAUAAGAACUUAUUCAUACUCUAGUUCAGCGAAUUUCGAGAUGCUAGUUUUAAACCUUAUCAUCAAAUAAAUUCGAUUUUCAGUCCACUAAAGAUUUUUUGAGCAGUUUUCUUAAUAAUUCUGAAGGCCGGAACAAGGGCUUUUCGUUUCUGAAAGUAUCGUUCAUCUUUUUUUCAAUUUUAAAAUUUAAUAGUCAAGAAAAAAAAGAGAAAAACUUUACUCGACUUUACUUUACAAAUUCGGAGUUUCCGAAUGUUUGCAAAGCACUCUUUGAUGUAAAAAAUGAGUAGUAUCGUUUUUUUCAAAACCAGAGAGUUUAAGCAGGGAGAGACGUUCAGAAUCUCCAUUUGAGACUUUGAAGGGUUUUUUGGCAAGGUUUCAAAAAGUUCUUAUUACAAGGGAGGUCAUUUUACUUUGCGGUUGAGAAUUUCCUGAAAAUUGGCCAGAACACUCCUUGGUGUACCAGAAAAAAGUUCUGAAAGGCUCCACCUUCACAACUCUCUCUUUUUUGAGAUAAGACGCCUCAAAGUCAAAGAGAACCUUCAAAAUCCAUAAAAAUAGGUUAAUUUGGAGCUUUAAGCCCUCAUUACACGGAAACUAGGAAGAUGUGCAGGUUGAGUCUUUCAGAGUCUUCAUCUGGUACAUCGAAAAGUGUUCUGACCAUUUUUAAAAAACUCCCAACCCCAAAGUUUAAUGACCUACCCUGUUAGUUCUCCUUAACCCUUUUUCAUUCACAUUCGUUGCCCUUGUUGUUCGAUAAAGUAUCUUUUUCCCUGUAGCCAGGUUUCCGUGUGAUUGGGCCGGAGACGGUGCUGUGCAGUGAGAGGGCGCAUUGGGAGCCGUCCACACCUUUUUGCUACGGUAAUCGGUCUGAUCUGGUGCUUAAACCUGGCAAGGCUUCAGAUCUGGCAACACUCCAGGAGUUGAAAGGGACGCCGGCCUCUAGCGGAGAACCGUCCGACGCCAGCAAUGGUUUUGAAUGAUUAUUAUGAUAAAUUAGAUAAUUCCUAGGCAAUUUGGCUUUGGCGAUUUUGUCCGUCGCUUUGGUCAGCUGUAUCGUCGUGGCUGUACUCAAGAUGGCGCGCACUUCAGAGAAAAUGUCUGCGUCCCAAGACAAGGUUUUUUAAAUUCAUUUUUGAAAGACUACUUUCUGAUGAAUUUUUUGUACUACAAGGCCAUUUUUAGGAACUUUUCGUUCUUUCCUAUGCGCUAUUUUUUCCUACAUGAAACUAUUGAAAAAUUAACAAGAAACCAUGAAAAAAACGUGACCACAAAUAUCAUUACUGUUUCGAAGACUCUUUAUUUUUUUCUUUUUUCUGGUUCAUUUUAUUCUAUUUUCAUAAAUAGGACUUACAUUAACAGAAGCUGUUUACUUAGGAAAUCCAGAGUGGUCCCUGUAGGGGCAAGAGGCCUUCUCAAGAGACCACUUUUACAUAACCCUAUAGGACCUUUAACGCUUGAAAAAGUGGCUCCUAUAGGGCUUUCAGUUAGUGGCCUCUAUAGGGGGCAUUCUAGUGAUAAUUUUUUUUUGAAAACUAGGCGAAGAAGCAUUUCCAUACGAAAAAAAUAAAUAAAUAAGCUUUUUUUGAAUAAAAUUGAAAGACCACUAUAGGGGCCACUCAAGAUUUACGGGCUAAGGGGUCACCCCCCAAACUUCUGAUGGGGCCACCUUAAUUUUACUUCUUUAGGGACCACUUUUUCGGCCCCUAACCCCUUAAGGGAUCACUCUAAAGUUCCUAAGUAGCUCAAUUUUUCUCAAUUUACACAUUAUCUAGCGUGCUAAGCGGUGCGUCUUUUCGAAAAAAAAAAAGGUAAGAUUUCAAAAAACGAAAAUUCUUAACAAAAACUUGGAGGAGAAAGAUUGAAGUUUCGCUAUUCAGCUGAAUUUAUAAGUGAAGAAUUUGCAGCUGAACAGCUCCUCGGCCAUCUAUGCGACGCCCAAUAUCAACGCUCCUCGGAGUGGCGACUCAGUGGUUUAUUACGCGAGUUGCGCUCCUUUGGCACAGAUGGAGGUUUUUUUUUUGGUAAGAGAGCUUUUUGCAACAAAAACUGAAUGUAGGUACCGCCACAUAUGCUGCAGCUGCAGCAACUACCUAAUGGAAAUAUUCAUGUGACCCUACCAUUAGGUUUGCAAGAACUGUAGUUUUGUAGAUUUUCGAAUAUGUUUGAGGACGACCACUGGUCCGACCAGCGCUCCCGGUGUUCUCAGCCUCGCCGACACCGUCGCAGAUUCUGUAUUCGUUCGACGACGAGCCCAUCUACGACACUCCACCGGACGUCGGCAGCGCGGCAGAGGACAUUUACGAGAGGCUUCCCCGGCAUCAGCCGCUGCCUCCGGCGCCUCCCGUUCGCAGAGCCAGCGAAAUGCCUCGUCCCUUUUUAGAUCGCUAA